AUGAAUGACGAGAAGCUAGACAUCAAGAAUAGCCCGUCUGAGGAGUCUACUUUAUCGUCACUGUGCAUAUUGCCCGAAUGGGAUCUCAGCCAUGAGCAAAAGGCUCGCAGAAAGAUCGAUAUGACGGUGCUACCUCUACUUUUCCUCGGUCUUCUUGUUUUCCAGCUCGACCGCAUGAACAUCGCGAGCGCAUUGACUGGUGGGUUCGCCACCGACAUCAACAUUUCACAGUCCACAGUCAAUUUGGGCAAUCAGCUCAUGUUCAUGGGUAUUGUGGUCUUUGAGAUACCAUGUAACAUGGCCUUACAACGAGUUGGACCUCGCAAGUGGAUUUCAGCCCAGGUAUUUCUCUUUGGCUUACUUGCUACCAUGCAAGUAUUCAUUCGCAGUCGAGGGCCGUUCCUAGCUAUACGGCUGCUUCUAGGGUUCGCUGAGGCAGGGUAUAUUCCUGGUGCAGUAUAUACCUUGUCGUCGUGGUAUACGAAAAGAGAAUUGGCGAAGAGAGUUGCCAUUUUCUUCUUUGGGAUGUUUGGUGGCAACGCUCUUAGUCCUAUCUUGGCCUCUGGUAUUCUGAUUCUCGAUGGCCGACACGGUAUUCGAGGAUGGCAGUGGCUCUUUCUAAUUGAGGGGCUAUUCACUAUCUUCGUCUCAUUCCUUCUAUCGCUACUCCUACCUGGAUCACCCGAUCUUACCAGGCCAUUAUUAAGCCCGGGACUUAUCAAGUUCUCUGAAUCCGAGAAGGAGAUUCUUCAAAAACGACUCGAAAAAGACAAUGGUGGAAGCACAGAGGGCGCGUAUGGCGUGCAUAUUCCGUUGAAAGUCGUCUUUCGUACUGUGGCUUGCUAUCGUCGCUGGCCGCACUUUAUAUCUACAUUUGUCGUGUUCUCGACUUGGAGUCCUCUAACCACUUACACCCCAUCCAUCAUAAUGUCACUCGGCUUUGACAGAACAUCAGCAAACGCUCUGGCUGCAGUCGGCGCAUUCCUAUCACUUGGGGUAGUAUUCUUCUUCGCCUACAUGAGCGAUCGGACCAAUCGCCGAGGUGCAUCUGUUAUCGCUGCUCAGGUCUGCUACCUCAUUGCCCUGAUUAUAACUCUCAAGGUCCAGCCCCAUGUCGGUAAAUGGUCCCGUUGGGGGCUUUGGACUGCAGUGAAUAGUUUCGCUGUGGGAUAUCAUCCCAUACAUAACUUUUGGGUUCAGAUCAACUGUCGAGACCCGAGAGAGCGGAGUAUCAGCAUCGCAAUGUGGGUUAUGUCUGCAAUAAGCGGCUUAAUGGUUGGGACACAGUACUUCCAAGCGGGUGACAAACCAUUUUAUUCCACGGGCCUACGUACCAUGAUCAUUAUGGUAUCUGUGGGGAUUGCGAGUGCUUUAGCGCAGAUUGUUAUUUAUGUCGUUCAUAAUAGGCGUGUUGCUCAAGGAAAGCAUCAACCCAGGGACGGAUCAACGCCUAUGGUGUAUGUCCCUUGA